GAGGAAGCAGUGUGUGUAUAUGAAGUGAUGCUUGAAGUCGAUCUUCAUCUGAUCUGAUCAUCAGAGACUCGACAGACGAACUUCCUUCCUUCAUCUGAGUGUGAACACCAUGUCUAACCCAGCCAGUGGACCCAGCGCCUACAGGGGGCGCUACAACAAGCCGGUGCCGACCACCAACCUCACCAUCGAAGACGACGAGGAUUUUCCAGAGUUUGAACCAUUUGAAGACGAUGUGGCCACAGAGGGCGCGGCGCCCCGAGCGCAUCCAGCUGCUGGAGCGUCUCUGUCGGUGCAGAACGUCGACAUGUGUCAGCAGAUCAACAAACCCAAACACUUCACCACCGACUACGACACCGAGAGCCUGGUGGUCCGACGGGGGCUGGAGUUCCUGGUCAGGGUCACGUUCAGCCGCCCGCUGUCGGAGCAGGACGACUUCCAGCUCGAGUUCCUGAUCGGCUCCAACCCUUCUGCCAGUAAAGGCUCCCUGAUCGUGGUGACGUUCGGGUCCCGUCACGGCGGCCCGUGGUCCGGCCGGAUCGUGGAGACUCAAGGGGAAACGCUGACGCUGGGCAUCACCCCGCGAGCGGAGGCCAUCGUGGGGAAGUUUCGUACCUACGUGGCCAUCGUGGCAGGCAGCGGUCUGCAGAGGACCAGCAGGGACACCAGCACUGACAUGUACCUGCUCUUCAACGCCUGGUGUCCAGAAGACACUGUGUAUGUCGCUAAUGAAGGCGAGCGGCGGGAGUACGUCCUGAACGACUCUGGUGUGAUAUUUCAAGGCACAGUCGAAUCUGUUUCACAACGCACCUGGAUGUAUGGACAGUUUGAGCGCGGCAUCUUGGACGCCUGCAUUUACAUCCUGGAUAUGUCUCGGAUGCCGAUCACCGACCGAGGCCACGCGGUCAAACUGAUCAGGAAGGGGUCUGCCAUGAUUAACUCUCAGGACGACAACGGCGUGUUGGUCGGGAACUGGAGUGACGACUUCUCCAUGGGCACUUCCCCGACAUUGUGGACAGGAAGCACCAAGAUCCUGCAGAAGUACGCCAACACCGGAGUCCCCAUCUGCUACGGCCAGUGCUGGGUGUUCGCCGGAGUCUUCAACACCUUCCUGCGCUGCCUCGGCCUCCCAGCGAGGGUCAUUACCAACUUCUCCUCCGCUCACGACAACACGGGCAACCUGAAGAUCGAACUCAUCUUCAAGCCCGACGGGACGCCGGACAGACGCCACACCAGGGACUCCAUCUGGAACUACCACUGCUGGAACGAGGUGUUCAUGGUGCGUCCCGACCUGCCGUCCAACUUCACAGGGUGGCAGGUGGUGGACGCCACGCCCCAGGAGACCAGCGACGGACACUUCCGCUGUGGUCCCGCCCCGGUCGCUGCCAUCAAGGACGGUCUGCUGUGUCACCCAUUCGACUGCGGGUUUGUCUUUGCUGAGGUGAACAGUGACUUGGUCUGCCUGAAGCGGGAUCGCUUCGGGACCUUGAGUCCGUUCAGGGUUGAUAAGAAUCAUAUUGGACAGGCUAUCUACACCAAGGCUGUAGGCAACAACGGACAUAUGGACAUUACACACACCUACAAGUAUGCUCAAGGAACGCCGCAGGACGACAGGACCAUGGCCCGGGCCGAGGAAUACGGCUGCGCCAGGGAUCACUAUGAGCUGGUAGAGGAUCAGCUGUCCAUCGUCAUCACCGCUGACCAGUGCUUCAUGGGCCAGGACUUGAACCUGGUGGUGCAAUUCCAGAACAAGGGCGAAGUGGCCAGGAGCGUCCAGGCCCACCUGGCCGGGUCGGUCGUCUUCUACACCGGAGUCUUAGCCAGUCACUUCAAGGACGAGGACUUCACUGCCACCGUGCCGGCCCUGCAGAUGGCGAGUGUGAAGAUGAAGAUCAGCGCUCAGGAGUACAUGCCUCACAUGGCCGCUCAGGUCUGCCUCUACUUUGUUGUGACCGGACAGGCUGAAGACCAAUCACUGAACUCCAUCAAGGUGGUCGAGAUGGUGAUGCCGCGUCUCACCAUGACGGUGCAAGGCCAGCCUCAGGUGAAGCAGCAGAUGAUGGUGAACGUUUCCUUCACCAACCCCUUCAACUUCCAGCUGCACAACAUCAACCUGUUCAUGGAGGGACCUGGACUCAUGGAAAACAGGUCACACCAGUACAGUGUCCUCGAGCCUCAGGCUUCGUUCUCCUGGGUGGAAAUGUUCACCCCUCGGCUGCACGGACUCCGACGCCUCGUAGCGGGGAUGGACUGCAGCAAACUGACUCAGGUGUGGGGAGUUGUUGACAUCCAAGUCUCAACCUAAAGCUCAUGACCCCGCCCCUCGUCAUUUCCUCCAAUCACAGCAGCUUCAGACAGUGGGCGGAGCCAACAAACAGCACAUGUUCAUUGUAAUGAUUUCUUUUCUUCGUUCAGACGCGUCAGACCGGAGUAUCACUAACGUGGUCGUACUCACUAAUACUACAAAUAUUAAAGAUACUACUUUGCUUCAAGUCCCCGACCACGAUCAGGAAUCUCUCCCAGGCAAGAUAAUAAGUUCAGAGUUUUAAUUUCAAUUGAAUUACAUUAUUACAUAAAUGCAGCAUUUACAGACUCUAAACAAACUUCAGGUGACAGAGUCUCACCUAGAAUAAAUAUCUUUUUAAAAUAUUACACCCCAAGUUUUAUUGUGGUAUAACAAAUAAAUAAAGUCUGAGCAGGAAACUGCGAGUGACUCAAAUAUUGAUCAGUCAUAAUUACUCCUUUCAACCAAUAAACGCCGACGACACAAAGUCUGUUUGAUGAGAAAAAUCUUUUAAUUUCAGUUAUUAAUUAAUAAAAAGUAAACGUGAUUGUACCUUUUUCAAUCUUUGCUCUGUGCUUUUAAUACUCAACCUGUCUACUAACAAUAAAGCAUAUUCAAAAACAAUGAUGUGGUCGCU